AUGGCUAAUGGAACUUUAUCGGGGUUAAAUAAAAAGGCCGCCAGCAUUCGUCAAAGAUUAGUCGAAAAUAAUUUAGUGGAUGCUAUUAUUACUCUCCCGAGCAACCUUUUUUACUCUACUCAAAUUGCCCCUUGUUUGUGGAUACUCCGGAAGGGAAGGGAAAAUAAUGGUAUUCUCAUGAUUGAUAUUUCGUCUGAUGAGUUUGGCGAAAAAGUAAGCAGUAGUGAAAGGAGAUUGACCGAGAAAGAAAUUAAAAAUGUAUCGCGAAUAUAUCAAGAAUUCCAUCAAAAAGGCUCCAUUGAAAAAUCAACUAUUAUUCCUGCUCGGGUAGUUUUCCCCACAGAAAUUAGGGAAAAAAACUAUAUUUUAGUUCCAACUCGUUAUUUGUCCCAAAAUGAAAUUGAAUUAACUCCCGAAGAAAUAGAUAAAAAAUUACUAGAAACUACUAGUGAAUUAGAAGAUUUAAUAACCGAACAAGAUAAAUAUCACCAAGAAUUAAAAAAAUUAUUAGCCGACAUAAAAAAAGAAAUCGAAAGCGAUGAGUAG